AUGUCGCACAGAAAUCCGACGUAUGACACCCAACCUGGUGUUUCCAGAAACAGAGAUGCUACCGUGCCACGAACGACCAGAACACCAGGUUCCCGUCAUGGAGCUCGUCAAUUCGACUCGACGCGGCCCGCCGCAAGCACACGUCCGGGUUCGCGCUCACCACCCCCUAUGAGGGAGGCCCCGCCGAGUCCUGGUGAAAAGCCUGGCCAAAGACCAACAGCAAUUCCACGACCAGCAGCGAGAAACCCAUCCCAGCGCUCUAUUGCCACUACGAAGAACGUUCCUGCCUCUCUUCGAACGGCCAAGUUGAAUCCACGUUCAGAUUCAUUGUCGCAAGAAGUCCCUCUGCUCAUGGAAUCGUAUCCGGGAUCAAGACGGAGAGACGAGGCCUCCAGUAACAGGAGACUGGUUUAUCCCAUGGGUCCAUCAAGUGACGCACAAUCUUCCUUGGACAUUGACAAAGAUGCCAUCUUCGGCAUAGUGAUGCCGAGAGCAAACCCGUCUGCUCGCACAGGCGAACUGCCGCCUCGAUUGAUUCCAGAGCUGCAAGCUCUUGCGGCCUCGUCAACAAGACAACCACAAUCACUCAAUAAAUCUGCAAGCUCGAUCAGCAGUCCGUCAACUCGAUUCUCCAGUUCCCCGAGUCCAUGGAGUGUGUCCACCACAACGACGACUCCGACAUCAUGGUCGUCGGCAUCCCCUGGUAUCGUGCAGCAAGUCUCAGUGGCAGGUUCCGCAAAGCGGUCGCAAACAGUCCCGCUUCCCGCAGUCAAGCGCGAAAAGACCCCCAAGCUGCCGGCUCUGCCAGAGUCUAUUCCUCCGCCUGUCACCAGCGAAUGGCCAGCAAGUUCGAAAGAGUCAGUCAAGUCGUCUGGUAGGAGGAGAACACCCUUGAAUACGCCGGCGCCUACCCCACCUCCAAGGUCUUCAUCUGCGAAACAUUCCCUGAGCAGGAGCAGCAGCAAAAGCGACAGACAACGUGGGAGGCCGGAACCCGAACCCACGCCUUCCUCGUCCGAUCUAGAACGCAGCCCUUUGGGAGCUCGAGGCCAUCUACAUUUGGGAAACGCCGGAGAGUCAAUACAGCACCGCACCCUUGUACGUGCUCAUGCCAAUCUUCAGCAGUCUCUAAACACCGACCCACCAAGCGCAAAUCGCCCACCUGCAAACGCCUUCAACGAUCAAAGAGCUGGUGCGCUAGACACUUAUCGCUUGGGUUCCACUCGUCGACAGCCAGACUUGUCGCGCCGGGAUCUCGAAACUCAGCCUCGGCCGAAUGAGUUUUUGCGCGGACAAGAGAGGUCCGCGCCUGUGGACGUCCGUCCAAAGACCCCUAAAGAUACGGAGGUCGUAGCAGCAAGCUCUCCGGGCCGUACAGGGAAGUUCUCUCGCUUCGGACUGUUCGGCCGUAGGACUAAGUCCCCAGCCGUCGAAGUCGAAAAGUCCCCCCGGAAGCUGCAACGCAGAGGGCCUGCGGCUGGGACAGGUCACGAGGGGUAUGGAAAAUAUGGGAGAAGAGGUCGCAAGACAUCUGAAGAGAGCGGCUCAGCUAGAGGUAGUGAGAGCGAAAGAUCUGUGAGCAGCACCAGAAGGGUACCUCUCUUCUCCAGAGGCAAGGAGAGCCGCAGUAGCAGCCGCCACAAUCGAAGCAGCCAAUCCGACCUCGAUGAGUUUGCAGCGAGUCGAAUGCGGCCCAUCCCUAUCAUCGGUGGCUCCGGAGGUAGCAUGAAGAGCAAUUCUGCGACCCAAUUGGACGUGUAUGAGAGCCCUCCCAUUCCACCUGCUCCUCCUGUCGAGUCAUGGAGAAUCGCUUCACGGUCACAGACGUCUAUUGGGGGCCGGUCAGUUCAAGACAGUUCACCGCUCGCUCAGGAUCAUAUAUCGAGCCAGGGGGGUGUCCCUACGCUGGCGAUUCGGCGAUCACAGCGCUUUGGCAACGAUGCAGAGAGUUUCAACCUCCCGACACCAAUUCGAACCGAAGGGCUUUCAGCGCCAUUGUAUAUUAACAGCCAAGAUGACAGCCGUUCUUCGGCCUUUCCGACCUCUACACCCAGCACGACAACCGACCCCAGCCGCGGCGAUGCCGCCAUGCAGAAACCGAAGGACAAGAAGUCCAGGAGGCUUAGGUGGAAUAUCUUUCGGAGGAAAGGACCUGAACCAGAACCCGAGAGACCCACCGGCGCGACUUCAUCUUCGCCUGAGGAGAUGCCGGUCAGCAUAUCUUCGAUUCCUGUCUCUCGAACUAUGCCGUACUAUGCCGUGAUGGAUUCUGAGAGUGAAGUCAAUCCACCCGAGUAUGUCAGCGAUUACCUCGCGCAGGUGGUCUAUUCGCCAGCAGACAGCCCAUUGAUCGGCGGAUACGAGGCAGACUCUGCAGAGGAUGAGCUGCAGCCGUCCAUACAUGAGGAUAACGUCUUUCUCCCAGCGGCGCCAAUAUCACCACCGCAGUCAUUUGCGAGGUCACCGCCAGCGGUGCCGCUACGGGGUCAGACUGAGCACGUUCCGGUACAAGUAGAGGAACCGCCACAGAAACAGCCGCGCCUGAUCCGAGUUGGAAGGAUCCCACCCGUUGUACCGAGGAGCGAGAGACAGCAUAAACCCAGCCGGGCGUCGUUUUCCCAACCAUUCGUCAGAAAUCCUGCUUUUGAAAAUCCAUACAUGGAGCUAGACCUCUCUGAAUCACUGCCGCCUAUGCCACUCCAAAUCAGCACAGAUGUGUUGCCGAGCAGACCGUUCGCCCCUGUGGAUAGCGCCAAACCCGCCAGUGCCCCGGUACUGGGAGAGACAGAGUUCUUGCGAUUCCCGUCGAGGCAGCCGUCGGAAGUCUCUGCAUCGAGCAGCUCUGAAGGAGUUUUAAGCAUGCUUGGACCACCUUUGAUUCCAGACUUGCCUGGCAGUGGCAUCUCUGGACGACCUGCUCUGGCACAAGAUACCUACCUAACAGGCAGCCCAAGCCUUGAUGAGGUCUGGAAUGAAUACGAUGACUUUAUUGACCAUGUCAUGUCACCUUCGCGAAGCAGAAAAAGUGUGAAGGCGCUGGCACGGCAAGGUAAACAAAGCACGCUGCGUUUGGAGCCCCCUCCACAGUUCGCACGGUCGGAUCAACACGCGGAGGAAGAGCAAGCAGAUCCCAUCUUGUCAGAAUUUCCUAUCCCUGGCAUGAAAAGACCAGUUCUCGCACAGGCCCAAGCUACUUCAGCCACCCCUCCAGUAGUGUUUCCUCCGCCUACGAUGCCCGAGCGCAUCGUCGGGGAAGACAUUCGAUUACGGCGAUCGAGAAUCGUCUCGGCACUGCAUGGCUCCAGCGACCCUACCUCGCCCUUCUCAAUUCGGGACAUACUGAGCGAGUACGAAAACCAUCCACGACACAGUACUAAACUGUCUGAACGCCUGAGCACCUCCAGCGCCAACCGCUCCCUGGAGCGCCUGACCACAACAACCAGUGCGCCCGAAAUGCCUCCGGAAUCGUCUCACCAAGAAAACGUUGCUCUUCUCGAUGUCGUUGAACGGGGCAAAGACCCGGUCGCUCAGUCAGAGCUGCACUAUGCCUCGCUCAUGGUGUCAAAGUGGCUAUCAUUUGGACGAGUUUUAUUCUCGCCCGCUCACGAUGAUAUCCUUAAAUUUCCAGAGCGCCACAUCCUUGUCAUAGAUGGAUUAGGGAACGAAGAUUGGUCAAUCUAUUGUGCAGUGACUUACGAGGCACAGAGAGCAUAUGUGCACGAUCUUAAGGAGAAGGCCACGUCGAAAGGAACGAAGACAUCGAAACCGUCUCAGCAUGCCCCGGACAACCACCGACGAGCAGAAGUAUCGAGUUUCUAUGACAAGUUCCCCUUCCCACAGGAUUUCUUCUCUGUGGUUGUCCUUCGCUUUCCUCCGGCAAUGGCUGAAGCAAAGAUGAAGAAUAUUGUGUCUGAAUGCAGGCGAGUGUUAGAACCAGGCGGCUACCUGGAACUGAUGUUGCUCGACCUCGACAUUGUCAACAUGGGCGUGCAGACUCGGAGGGCUGUCCGAGAGCUCAAGUACAGGAUGACGACCGCAGACAAGCAGAUCAGCCUCCGACCAAUUAUCGACAAUGUCCAGAGCGUGUUAGGCGCGCGAGGGUUCACCAACAUCAGCCGCUGCGUGGUCGGAGUCCCCGUUGCUGGACGCCCAUCAGGUUCUUCUGAUUCGUCCUCAUCGUCACGCUCGAGCCGAGGAUCGGACGGCUUCCCAAGGCGAGGAUCCGGUGACACACGGCCAGGAGAUGCGUCUCCACGAAUGACAUUUGGUCAAGGUCGUCGAGGGGCCAACCUAUCUCUCAACGACCUUCUGUCCGACCGGUCAGACAAUGCGGAUCUCCGCAUCGGAAAGAUUGUGUCGAGGACGGCACGAACGUGGUGGCAACAUUGCUUUGAGGCCAGCGUCAUUAGCGAUGGCAAUCUUGCCAGAAGCAUAUUUGCCGACAGAAAUGUCCUGGGAGAAUGUAAAGGUCGAGGAUCGAGUUUCAAGAUGCUCAUCGCAUACGCUCAACGACCAAUCGUCGAAUCGGCACGUCGACGAACAAUGAUCUCUUCGACAACAUCGACACAGCAUUCCCAGACCCCGUCACAGGCUCCCACCCAGCAGAGAUCUCGCCCGCAACCCCAGAGGCUCACUGCGCAACAACUCGCCGAGCGGGUCAUCUCGCCAGCCUCACUCCUGUUCCCUGGCGGUACCCCGCCUUUCAGACGAGAAACCCAACAAGAGCGACCACCACGUCCAGAGAUGGAUCGGAGACAUCCCAGUUCGUUCCAACAGCUGGAAAAGCUAGGUGAAGGGACGUACGCCACUGUCUACAAGGGACGAAACCGACAGACCGGUGAACUCGUCGCCCUGAAAGAAAUCCACCUCGACUCCGAAGAAGGCACGCCGUCGACUGCGAUCCGAGAAAUCAGUUUGAUGAAGGAACUCAAACAUGAAAACAUUGUCACGCUGCACGAUGUCAUACACACCGAGAACAAGCUCAUGCUGGUCUUCGAAUACAUGGACAAGGACUUGAAAAAAUACAUGGACGCACGGGGGGAUCGGGGCCAACUCGACCAUGUCACCAUUAAGAGAUUUAUGCAAGAUCUCCUCCGGGGGACGGCAUUCUGCCACGAGAACCGAGUCCUCCACCGCGACCUGAAGCCCCAAAAUCUGUUGAUCAAUACCAAGGGACAGCUGAAGCUGGCAGAUUUCGGCCUGGCAAGAGCAUUCGGGAUUCCUGUUAACACCUUUUCCAACGAAGUGGUCACGCUGUGGUACAGAGCCCCAGACGUACUUCUGGGGUCGAGAACCUACAACACGAGCAUCGACAUCUGGUCGGCGGGCUGCAUCAUGGCGGAGAUGUACACUGGUCGGCCUCUGUUCCCGGGGACAACGAACGAGGACCAACUACAGAAGAUCUUCAGACUGAUGGGCACCCCGUCGGAGCGGACGUGGCCGGGCAUCUCUCAGCUCCCGGAGUACAAGAGCAACUUCCCAUCUUACGCUACGCAGUCGUUGGCUAUUCUCUUGCCACAGAUUGAUCAGUUAGGACUCGAUCUGCUAGGCAAGUUGCUGCAGCUCCGACCGGAAAAUAGAAUCAGCGCACAAGACGCGCUGAGACAUCCGUGGUUUUCGGACCUGCCAAACUACGCCGGACACGGAAGGACUCAUGUUAGCUCGACGAUGCAGCAACCUGGACAGUUGGGACAUCAGGGCGGAGUUGGCGGAGGGUACGGUGCUCAACCUGGGUUGGUCGGCGGCCCUGGGGGCACAUAUUGA